GUUUACCAAAAUUAGGUCGCGGGAGUCUUGCGGUGUAGCGUGACAGAAACUCCGAUCCUCAUUCAUUAGUACAGUUUCAGCUAUGGAAAAGAAGCUUCCCAGCUCCAUAUCUGAAUUGCAGACUCCAUGCUGUUUAGUGGACAUUGAUAAAAUAAAAGAAAACGCAAGCCGUAUGAGACAUUGGUGUGAACAAAAUGGAAUUAAGCUAAGACCACACAUGAAAACUCACAAAACAAUAGAGGGUGGUGACAUUUUAACAAAUGGAAGCAGAAGAAAAAUUGUUGUUUCAACUUUGAAGGAAGCAGAAUUUUAUGCAGAUAAUGGAUUUGAUGAUAUCCUUUAUGCAUAUCCUCUUACAAAAGAUAAACUUGAAAGUCUUGUGCAUCAGCAGCUCUCUUUCCUGAGUACAUUGUCCACUCUAGUGGUAAUAUUGUGGGUACUUGGAAAACUGUCAACGGCUGGUGAUAUUGGCUAGUGAUGUUGAUGUCAAGAUAGAGAUGAAUUCUUUUUACUACCUUAUCAACUGCCAAGGGAAAUGCAAUUAAAUAUCAUGAUUAGUAAAAUAUUGCUCAAAAAUUGUGCCACUAAAGAGAGGUUUUAAAGGUUAAUUUAAACUAAUCUUUUGAAUAAUUUUAUCUAUUAUACAUACGCAUGAAAGUUUAGCAUUCAACUAUGCAAAUUAAAGUUCUAUAUUUAGAACUUGAGAAAUCAUUAUCUGUGAUUCUUUGUUAUUAUUGAUAAGAAAAUGGACACUGAAAAUGUUUCACAGAUUGUAUAUUUUUUCUUUCCGUCCCAUUGUGAUUUUCAAUUACAUGGAAUAUCUAUUUGUUUGUAUACAUUAUGUUCUAUGGACAUAUUUUUAAAAGGCAGUGUUGUAUUUACCUAAUCUAUAUCUCUAAGAAAAUGAUUGACAUAGUAAUUUCAAUUAGAUGAAACUUAAAAAUUAAAUGCUCAUGGUGCUUUGUACCCAUGAAUUUGUAAGCUUGCUAUGAUCAAUAAAAUGAAGUAUAGAUACAAAAACCACAAGACCUCUUUCAACUGCUUAUCCAAACACCACCAUACCUCAUUAAGCAACUGUAUUUGGACUCUUAAGGACAAAAAAAUCAACUAUGAACUGAAGUUGUCAAUACUAAGGAAAUCACGACCAUAUUCAAACACAACCAGUGUUAGCUCUGCCUAUGGGAAAAGUUUAACAUCAUAACUGCGGAAGGACAGAAAACACUGAACUAAAAAAAUGAACUCGUUAGUAAAUGCCGACAUUCCAGAAAAAACUUGCUGAAAAACAUGGAUUAUACGCACCGAUUUUCCAAAGUUACUUUUAUAUUUGUCUCAAAACCACAGUCAUUUAUAAUGUAACGUAACAGCAUUCCUUUGUUACCUGUACGCGCAAUGUGGUGCUUACAUCACAUGCAUAUUUUUUUGUGCGAUGUUUUGCAUCGACCAUUUGAAGU